AUGGGCAUCUCCAGCGCUUCGGCGCACAAGGGCGACCGCCUUGUCAUCCGCAAUGAUGUUGCUGCUGAGCAGAGCAUCUCGCCGCACUCAACAACCGGGAGAGCCAUGGACUACAACAAGGCCGAAGAAGAACUCGAGGGCAGCAGUCAAACAAACCGCUCCCAACAAUUUUGGCCUCCCUCCUCUGAGGUGCAGCGUUGCUCGCUCGACCUCGACCUCGACCUCUACCUCGGCCUUGAGCCCGACCGCGACUUCGAUCUCAAGAUCGAAUCCCCAGACAAUCAGCUUCACAACCUAAGCACGGCAUUAGAUACGCUCUGUGCUGCCAGCGAGUCGCUCAAGAUCGAAUACGACUAUAGGCCGUCCAAGCAGCUGCUUAGCAUCAAUAUUUCCAUGGCCAAGCGCGAGCACAGCCACAUUAUUGGCAGCAUCGGCGAGCAGAUCACCACCGGCCGCUCCAGGGCUCGCGCCAUCCUCGCUGAGAAUCCAGAAACUCGCGAGCAGCUAGCCGCCAUCAUCGCCCUCGUGCGCCCGGCCUCCGACGUCCAAGUCCGCCCCUCCUCACUCGACUAG